AUGGCUGCAGUAGAAUAUGGUACGCGAUGGACUGAGCAGCGCGGGAAGAGGCCUGUUAGGAUAGCAAAUUGCUCAGGAUACAAAGCGGAUCCUGGAUAUCAUAUGCGCUAUCAAGCCGAACUCGGCGAUGUAGACUUCAUCACAGGCGACUACCUAGCCGAAGUCAACAUAGCAGAGAACGCGCAAGCGCAUGCCGCUGGUCAGCAUCCAGGCUGGGAGCAGACUUGCUGGGACGGCAUCGAGCAAACCAUUCACAUCCUAGCUCAGAAACGCAUCAAAGUAAUCGUAAAUGGCGGAGCGCAUAAUCCGAAGGGAUUGGCGGAGAAAGUGCAGCAGUUGAUUACGGAGAAAGGCCUAGACUUAAAGAUCGCAUAUGUGCUUGGAGAUAACUUGUUCGAAGAGAUGAAAGAUAUCCGCACCAAAGGUCUCCCGCCGCAUCUGGACUCAGACAAUAGCGAGGUUACAUACGCAAAUCACACGCUCGAUCUCCUGGAGAAGAACGACAAACCCAUUGUGAGCGCAAACGCCUAUCUAGGAGCCCGGGAGAUUGUAAAGGGGCUGGAAGAAGGCGCGGAUAUCAUCAUUGCUGGACGAGUCGCAGAUGCAAGCCCGGUCAUCGGUGCUGCAUGGUACUGGCACUCCUGGAAUUCCACCUCCUACGACUCUCUCGCGGGCGCUCUCAUCGCCGGCCAUCUGAUCGAAUGCUCAGGCUACGUCACUGGUUCCAACUUUGCCGGCUUCUAUGAGUAUCCUCUCGACUCACUCUACGACAUUACUUUCGGCAUCGCGGAAGUCGAGAAAGACGGGACGUGUGUGAUUACGAAGCAUGGUGCAAAGAAGGGAUUCGUCACUGAGGACACGGUCAAGUGCCAGUUCUUGUACGAGUUGCAAGGAAAUGUGUAUUUGAAUAGCGAUGUGAAGGCUAUCUUGGACGAUGUCCAAGUACAGCAGGAGGGCAAAGAUCGGGUCCGCGUAUGGGGCAUCAAAGGCGCACCUCCGCCUCCAACCACUAAACUCGCCAUCUUCUACCAAGCAGGCUACCAAUCCGAAAUCGUCGUAAACGCCACUGGCUACGGUACCCCUCAAAAAUACGACCUCUACGAGCGCAUGAUGAGAUUCGGACUCGCGCGGCUCGGCAUCCUCGACAAGUUCGAAGUCCUAGAGUUCCAGCGAAUCGGCGUCCCCGAACGCAACCCCCGCUCCCAACUCCGUAGCACCACAUCCCUCCGCAUCUUCGCAGAAUCCAGCUCCCCAGCCGCAAACCUCGGCCUGGCAAGCCUCCUCAGCGAAUUCGCAAUGCAGCACUACUCCGGCUUCCACUCGACACUGGACCACCGCACCGCGCUGCCCAAACCCUAUCUCUCGUACUAUCCGGCCAUCUACCCGCAAUCGUCCCUCAACACCUCGAUGAACAUCCUCUACCCCACCGGGAAGACCGUACGCAUCUGCACCACGCCCCCGCCUCGAUUCGAACCCCUGGGCAAACGAGAAAGCUACGAGACGCGCAACCCGGUCGAUCUGGACAGCUUCGGCAAGACGGUGCGAGCGCGACUAGGCGACGUAGUCCUCGCGCGCUCCGGCGACAAAGGCGGCAACGCAAACAUCGGCUUCUUCAUCCCCACACGUCUGCCUUCUUCCUAUGCGCCCGGCUCGCCUCUCUACGCAGAAGCCUGGGACUGGCUGCGCAGUUUCCUGACGAUGAGCAAGCUCAGAGAAAUGUUCGCCGAGAGCUGGGAGGGCGGUUAUCACGUCGAGAGGGUGGAGUUUGCGGGUAUCUACGCGGUGCAUUUUGUGGUGUAUGAGGUGCUGGGGAGAGGGGUGAGUGGGAGUUCGCGGCUGGAUGCGUUUGCGAAGGGGAUGGGGGAUUGGCUGCGGGAUGUGGAGGUGGAUGUGCCGGUUAAGUUCCUAGAGGGGAGGAGGAAGGGGAUGGGUUCUUCUAAUGUCAGCGCAGCGAGUCGAUUGUAGAGUAAUUCAAUACUGCGAUUCAUCAUGGAGAACUGCAUAGGUGUGGUGUUAUAUAUACUACAACACGCUCGGAUCUCCCUCCGCGUUCCUUGCUCUACCACUUGUCCACCUCACCUUUCUUUAGCGGUUGUACCCUAACGAUCUUAUCGCAGUUCAGCAAGCACAGCGGGUCAAACGCCAGCUUGAGCCGCCUCAUCGCGUUGACGGU